ACCAAACAACCAAACAAUGGAUCCUGAUACUGCUCAAGAUGUGUCGACUGGGCCACAGUCACCCGAGCUUGUGGUCCAGGGAACUCAGACCUCAGACCUCGGCCACAACUUGGGAGUUCAUCUCCCGGGGUACCCAGACCCAGAACACAAUCCGGGAGGCGGUCUCCAGCGGUACCCAGACAGUCAUUGUGUACAUGGAGCACCACAGAGUAUCAGAACCAUCACCUGGAGAGGGCAGCUUCCACCACCCAGGAACCCUACCCACCCGAAGGUGUAUUCAAGGAAGGUGUUCCUGGGAGGAAUCCCUCACAACAUCACUGAAGGUGCCCUCCUAGAAGAAUUUGGUGGGUGUGGGCCCGUAAAGGUCGAGUGGCCCCAUCGAUCAAGAGGAGGACAUGUUCGUCGAGGCCCUGCUUCAGACCUGCACCCAGGACCACCACCCCGACGGCAUCAUCACCUACCACACGGUGCUUUCCACAACCAGGCACCCAAACCAGAGGGUGUAGGUGAUGCCCUGGGUGGUGGCCGACUGCGCCUUUGCUACCAGGGGGUUCCGGUUGGGGAGGAGCUACUCUUUGUCUGUCCGAGCUCUGUAUGAUGGAUCUGUUUGGGGGAGUCGUGAUGCUGGAAUAUUGGAACUGACCAGUACUGAGUCCAGCACCACCACUGUCUUUUCUUUUCUUUUUGAGGGUGAUCUUUAACACCCGGGAAAGCCACUGGGGAGCCCUUGAUGCAGCAUCACCAGACCCCCCUCAUCACUGGAAAGAUACUCAUCUGCUGCAUGCAGAUGUGACUCUGAGGAACCAUCGUGUUCCUGUGAUGAGAACAAAGAAUCCAGCAAAUGUUUUUCUUUUCUUUUUUUUUUAAAAUUUUUUUCUUUUUUUUUCCCCUGUAAGAUUUUGUAUUGGUUGGUUUUAUUAAAAAUAUUGAAACGUUCA